AUGGUGAGUCGUCUUCUACAAGUCGAUGGUGACCUUGUCCGUAUAAAAGGAAGAGAGGGUAUUACUCCUUUGCAUUAUGCAGUAGUAGUAGAUGAUCAACUUGAUCUAUUGGCUGAAUUUCUCUCAGUCUGUCCCGAUUCUAUUGAAGAUGUGACGACUCGAAAUGAGACUGUUCUACAUAUAGCUUUGAAAUAUAAUAAGUUGGAGGCUUUUAAAUUCUUGGUGGAAUGGAUUAGACAAAAAAGGUCUAAGAAUUCCAUAUUUUGGGAGAGGAAAAUCUUGAAUUGGAAGAACGAGGAAGGCAACAUUGUGUUGCACAUUGCAAUAUCCAAGAAUCAACCCAAGGCUGUGAGGUUGUUAUUAAAAUCUGGUGUUGAUAUAAACGCAAAGAAUUUAAAGGGUUAUACAGCAGGGGACAUCUUGGUAGAACAAACACAAGCAGAAAACAACAACGAGAUCAGGGUUAUUCUACAGCGUGCUGGAGCUUUGUUAGCUAAUUCAUCUCCUCCUGAUUAUAAUUAUUCACGUUACCUACGUUCCAUAGUCUCAUCUCUUGAGGAAUCACUAAUACGCCGCUGUCGUAAAUGGAGGAUUUUAUCAGAGGACAAGCGCAAUGCACUUUUGGUGGUUACUACACUGCUUAUAACAGUGACCUAUGAAGAAGUACUCAACCCUCCUGGGGGAAUUUGGCAAGAAGACUUCAGUAUAAAUGGAACCCAUUGGUCCAAUGUCAUGAAACCCAACCUAAGUUUCAACAAAAAUGCUACUCUUUCCGGAAAGAUUGCAGGGACUCUCAUUGGCCUUAGACUUCUUCCUUUUUGGUUGUUCUUAGCUUCAAAUUCUGUGACAUUUAUGUUCUCAUACGUAACAAUUCUUCUUCUCAUUCCAUUUGAGUAUGAUAUACUCCGCAUAGCCUUUUUCUCCCUCUCUUUUUGCUAUUUUGCUUCAUUGACGGUCAUAGUCCCAAAUCCUAUUUGGUUUUGUUUUCCUUUUAUUUAUGUUAGCCUGCUUCUCAUUUUCUUAUUAACUACAAUAUGGUUGAUUAAGUCCAGACUCUUAAAACGCUACAUGAUUUAA